AUGUUUUUCCUUUCUUUUUCUCAUUUUGUGCUUUCUCUUUCUUCUUUUCAUAUUUUUUCAUUUUCUGUCUAUCUUUUUUCUUUUCUAUCUCUUUUAAUAUUAUCACUCGUCUAUUUUUCUCAUUGUUCGUUUUUUCCCUUCCUUAAUAUUUCCUCGCUUUUUUCUAUUUUUCCUUUUCCUUCACUUAAUAUUUUCUCUCUUUCUUUUUCUCUUUUUUUUCUAUUCCCUUUCUUGAGAUUUUCUCUUUUUCUUUUUUCCUUUGGUUUUUCUCUCUAUCUUUUUCUCUCUUUUUUCACUUCCUCUUUUUCCCUUUUUCCUUUUCCUUUUCUUAAUAUUUUCGCUCUUUCAUCUUUUUCUUUUUCCUUUAUAUUUUCUCUCUUUCUUUUUCUCUUAUUUCUUUUCCCUCUCUUAAUAUUUUAUCUCUCUCUUUUCGCCUUUUUCCUUUAUAUUUUCUUCCAUUUUUUGUACCUUUUCCCUCUAUUAAUAUUUUCUCUUUCUUUUUCUUUUAUUCCUUUUCCCUCUAUUAAUAUUUUCUCUCUUUCUUUUUCUCUUUUCCUUUUCACCCUCUUUAUAUUUUCUCACCUUCUUUUUUCUCUUUUUCCUUUAUCUUUUCUUUCUUUCUUUUUCUCUUUAUUUUUCUCUAUUUCCUUCAUAUUUUCUCUCUUUCCUUUUCACUCCUUCCAUUUCCAUCUCUUAAUAUUUUCCCUUUUUCUCUUUUUUCUUUUCCCCCUCUUAUUACUUCUCACUUUCUUUUUCACUUUUCUUUUUUUUCUUUCAUAA